UUUUGCAUGAAUUGCACGGCCCGGGUGCUUUGCACCGGCGUUGUGCUUCCCGUGCACCGCACGGCCGCGGGCGCCGAGCGGGUUAAGGGGGCGGGCGGAGCGGGGAGGGGGCGGAGCGGGCCGCAGCCCCCCGCCGCCGCGCCCCCAUGGCGGCCAGCACCAAAGCCGUGUGCCUCUUCAAGCGGACUCUGGCCCUCUCCCCUCCCCGGGGACCCCCCCGGGCGCUGGGGCGGCUGCGGGGCGGCGGGCGGAGGGUGCAGCAGCGGGGGACCGCCGCGCCCCCCGCGGCCCCGCCGCCGGCCGCGCCCCGCCUCCAGCCGCCCCCCUGUACCCCGCUUUGCCUGCAGGAUUCGCUGGGACGAGGCCUCCGCACCUGCUACCGCUACCUCAACCAGACCAGCCGCAGCUUCGCCGCCGUCAUCCAGGCCCUGGACGGAGAGCUGCGACAUGCCGUCUGUAUAUUCUACCUAGUUCUCCGUGCCCUGGAUACUAUAGAGGAUGACAUGACCAUCAGCUUAGACGUAAAGGUCCCGAUGCUGCAUGAGUUUCACUCCUAUCUCUAUCAGCCAGAGUGGAAAUACAUGGAGAGCAAGGAGAAGGACCGUCAGGUGCUCGAGGACUUCCCAACGAUCUCCAUGGAGUUCAGGAAUCUGUCAAAGGUUUACCAGGAUGUGAUUUCGGAUAUUUGCCACAAGAUGGGCAUCGGGAUGGCGGAGUUCUUGGAGAAGAAGGUGGAUUCUCAGCACGAGUGGGAUAAGUAUUGUCACUACGUUGCUGGGCUGGUGGGGAUAGGACUUUCCCGUCUCUUCUCUGCAUCAGAGCUAGAAGAUCCGAUCGUUGGGCAGGACACAGAGCUGGCCAACUCCAUGGGCCUUUUCCUGCAGAAAACCAACAUCAUCCGUGACUAUCUGGAGGACCAGCUGGAGGGAAGGGAGUUCUGGCCCAGAGAGGUUUGGAGCAGAUACGCAAAGAAGCUCUCUGAUCUUGCGAAACCAGAGAACAUCGAUAUGGCUGUCCAGUGUCUGAAUGAGCUCAUCACCAACGCCCUCCACCAUGUCCCUGACGUCCUCACGUACUUAUCCCGCCUGAAAAACCAAAGCGUCUUCAACUUCUGCGCUAUCCCCCAGGUGAUGGCUAUUGCCACAUUGGCUGCCUGCUAUAACAACAAGCAGGUGUUCAGGGGUGUUGUGAAGAUCCGGAAGGGACAAGCUGUCACUCUAAUGAUGGACGCCACAAACAUACAAGCUGUCAAAGCCAUCAUGUACCAGUAUGUGGAAGAGAUCUACCAGAAGAUCCCGAGCACAGACCCAUCAUCCAACAAGACGCAGCAGGUCAUCGCCUCCAUCCGCACCAUGAGCUUGCCCGGCAGCCCCAUGGCAUCACGCCACCACUACUCCCCCAUCUACUUGUCAUGCGCCAUGCUCCUGGCCGCCCUGAGCUGGCAGUACCUGAGCACCAUCUCCAAGGCCACCGAGGAGUACGUCCAGGCGGGCGAGAACUGAUGGGCAGUGGGCGGGCGAGGGGAGAGAUGGUCGGUGGAUGGGCAUAGGAGGCAGGAGGCUCCUUGUCCCCUGCCAGUGGGGAUGGCCAGGCAGCGGGGUGCCACGGGGCCUGGGAUGGUGACGAGGACGGGACGCCAGUGAGCUGCAGCCCGGGGGCGAUGGCGCGGCAUUGCCAGACUCCGCUCCUCGCUGCCCUUGCCAUCUGCUUGGAUGGUUACGAACACUAAUCGGAGUCUUACUGUUGGGGGGUUGAAUGUUUUUUUUUUUCUCCCUUCUUUCCCGUUGGACAGUUUACCUGAAUUUUUUUGUUCUGAUAGGAUGGUUUUAAAUAGGAACUCCAGUUGCCUCCUUUUCUUGCUUGAGGCUUGAGACACCUCUCCAGCUCAGAGCUGAGCAAAACCUGGGUUUUACCGCCCUUUCUUAGGCAGCCUCUUCCCCAUCACCUCUGGUGCCUGCUCUGCACUAGAAGGACGCUGCUUCAGCCAGGAGAGGAAUGCGCUUUCUUAUGCAGGGAAAAGGCUCUGGCUACCUUCUCGCCCUCAGCCCAGGCUUGUUGACGUUCUGCAGCCUGGAAGCAGGCAGAGGCAAUCUUCACAUUUGUUGUUGUGCUGAAGAAGAUUAUUAGGCUUGAAACAAGCCCUUAUAAUAUUAAAUACAUAGGAGGUGGGAAUGCGCUGUUCACUUCAGUGUGCCCCCAGCUGGAAGUCAUCUAUUGCAGCCCCCUGCCCUCUAGCCGAUGGCACCCCGUCCUCACAAAGCUUCAUAUUUCCGCAGGUGGGGAGGUGGUGAGGCAGAGGAGAUGGGAGCUGCUUGUAUGGUGCUCAGCUGAUAACCCCAUGCCUGACUCCACCUGCGGGGUCUGGGCUCUGAAGCCCUUCUUCAGCCCAAGGGGAUGGGUGGCCAUGGCAGAGCAGCACCACUGGGGCAGCUCCGAGUGCCUCUGCAAAGCAGGGGAGUGAGGGUUUGCACCGUGCUGUCCCUCGUGGGAUGCCUUUUUUGGGGGCCCUGAUGCACUGGCCACCCUGAAAGGCAGCAGUGAUCCCUGCCAUGGGCUGGGAAGGGUUGAGCCACCAGGGGGGCCAGGGCAGGUUUUCCUGGCCCACAUGGCUCUAGGUUGGGAUGAUGCUUUGGAUUACACUAACACUGCAAACUGGAAGAGGCUUCCACUACUGUUUUGAAACACAUCAGGCUGGAGAAGACACAAUUCAAGAAGAAACAAUGCUUUAAAGGCCCAUCUUGUUUUCCUGGGGUGGAUUUUUCUUUUUAGGGUCCCGACCCACCCCCCUGCUUUGCUUUGGUGAAGGGAAGGACAGCCCCUGUCCUGGUACGGGACAGAGCUGGUUCCCAGGUGCAGUUCAGUGGCCUUUGCAAGGCCAAGCCCCUGUGGCCAGACUUACUCAGAAGGAGGACCCCUACUUCACAAGUACUGAUGUAGAUACUUUUAAGCUAUUGUUCAAAAGAAACUUGUGGUAGCUCUCUUUGUGCAGCUUCCUGUCUUGUUGAAAAUAAAGUUUUCUUUGGGGGGGGAGGAAAA